AUGACUGAACAAAAUCCUUCGGUAACCGUCCAAGAUAUAUGGCGUGGACUGGAAGGAGUGUACAAAAAGGGAUUGACGAAAGCGAUAGGAGUGUCGAACUGGAACGGUGAACAGAUCGAGCGUGUCCUCAAAAUGCUACCAUUACCGAUUUCACAACUGUUGAGCUACAUCUUCAUUGGUCUCAACAUGAUUUACAUGAACUUUGUAAAAAGCACAAUAUUUCGGUUACUUCCUAUGCGUCAUUGGGAUCGCCUGGUCGAAGAAACGAAAUGGACAUCUGCUCCAAGUGAUAUGGAAGAUCCAAAUGUGAAACGUUUUGGCUGUGAAGUACCGUGCUCAAAAACCCCUGCACAGGUU